GGAGCAGAAAUAAAUCGUUUCAACGACUCGAAAAUGACCGUCGCGAUGGAACACAAGCGGAAGAGCUCGUGGGAUUCGAAGAUUUCGGUUAGCACGGUGAGCACCAGAAGAUUCAGCCGUGCCGGGACACCGAGCUCGAUUCUGUCGUCGGACAGCGACAUUCGAUUCACGAGGAAACUCGGCGGACAGUACCGUUGCGGGUGUUGCGUGCUCGCUGCGUUUUUGCUCUUUCUUCUGUUUUCGGGGGUCUCCAUCUAUCUCGGCUACACGUUCCUAACGUCAGACCCACCAGGCGAUCAAAUUUUCUUGGCGACUUUCCGAGUUACCGAAGGAGAUUCGUUCGCUUUGGAACUAGCAGAUCCCUCUACCGAAGCCUUUCGAAUACGAUCGCGAGAGUACCGCGAUCGGUUGAAUCUCAUGUUUCGACGCAGCUGGUUGAAAAUUUCCUUUCUCGCCGCGGAGAUUUUAGCGCUCGAUGGCUCCGAGGGCGACGAUUUGGUGGUGCACUUCGACGUUCGAUUCGAUCCACGGUAUCAGACAAUCACGACCGCCGACAUCGUGGAUAUUUUGUCGAAAGAAAUUGAUCCCACGACAUCGAAAUACUUGUCGAACUUGACGAUAGAUUCACAGAGCCUCGAAGUCGAGGAGAGUAUAAAAGCAUUGAACGCUCAAGUCAGUUCGCAAACUACCGUAUCAUCGUCCCCAGCGACAACCGCGACGGCACCUCCGCCCAGAAGGUGCAGCCCCGUGGAUUUAUCCUAUUGUAAGCACCUUCCUUACAACGUCACCUCUUACCCGAACAUGUUGGGUCACGGUUCCUUGACCGAUGUUGAAGAGGAUGUAAUCGCCUUCAGGGAGCUGGUCGACGCGGAAUGCUACCGACUGGCGUACGAUUUCGUGUGCCAAGUUUUGCAGCCAGCGUGCGCACCGAGUCAACCGGAAGACCUGCUGCAGUUACCGUGCAGAAGCUUCUGCCGAGAAUUUUGGAACGGAUGCGGCAGCCGACUUCCGGAUCGGAUCAAACGGUUAUUGGACUGCUCGAACUUCCCAGAGUACGCGGACCAGGGUGGUUGCAGGGCGAAACCAGGGUGCGUGCAAGCGCUUCAAGAGAAAGCAUUGUCCCCGAGAAUAUGCGACGGAGUGAUCGACUGCCCUGACCUUUCGGACGAAAAGAAUUGUGCAUACUGUCGCGACGGUUAUAUGCACUGCGGCGUAGGCAGAAUGUGCAUACCACACGUAAAGAGGUGCGAUGGAAAAGUGGACUGCGCGAACGGCAGCGACGAAAAAGAUUGUCUGUCUUUGGCGUCGAGUAUCCGAGCCAUGAAAUCCCAACCACUGGACACACCGUACGCCGCCAAGUAUACCAACGAGGGUUUCGUAGUGUUCAACGAGAAGGGUACCAUCGGUAAGCUUUGCACCGCGAACCUUAACGCGACCUUGCCGGGAACGGAAAUGGAAACCGUUCUUCAGACCGCGGCUGGUUCACUGUGCAGUUUGUUGACCUACGCGGGGGUGAAGUCUGUGGAAAUAAGAAUCGACGACGAGGAUGACGUUCAAUACGUGCACAUGGAGGAUCCGUCCGCCACGGAAAUCACAUUCGUCAGGGCCCCUUGCCCGAGCAAAGAAGUUAUGUAUGUCCGGUGCUCCGAUCUCGAGUGUGGCGUACAAUCUCUGCGUGUAAAGGGCGGUACACGAGGUCUGAAUAAGAUGGCAGAACCUGGCGAUUGGCCGUGGCAUGUGGCUCUGUUCAAGGAAGACGUACACGUGUGCGACGCAACCCUCGUCGCGGAAAAUUGGUUAAUCACCACGGCGUCUUGUUUCCAAGGUCAAUCGAAGGCGGAAUGGUCCGCGAGAAUGGGCACCGUACGGCUCUCGAGUACGUCACCGUGGCAACAAGAACGUAGAAUCGUAGGUAUGAUUAAAUCACCGGUAGAAGGAAGCACCACAGUUCUGUUAAAGCUGGACCGUCCAUUGGCCACGUUCUCGGAUUUCGUGAGGCCCGUUUGCCUGCCAUCGAAUCAGGAUCCACCGACGGACACGUCAAUCUGCAACACGCUCGGCUGGGCGAGAAAUCGCGAUCUACUGCAGAGGGUACAACUUAAGCAUAGCGCGAUGGAAAGGUGCGAAAACAUAAGCAUCGCGUCGGUCAAUAGCGUCUGCACCGAACCCGCCUAUUCCACUGACGAUUGCAACGAGGAAGAGGUUGCCGGCAGUCCCAUGUUGUGUCUUCGGUCGGACGGUCGGACAUGGGCUCUAACCGGUGUCGGUAGUUGGCGUAUUGCCUGUUCGAAAGCCGGUGUCGAGAGGCCUCGACUGUACGACAAAGUUUCGUCAAAUAUUGCUUGGAUAAAAUCUACGAUAGAAUGA